AUGGUGAUGGCCAUGCCCGUCCGGCUCGCCCUCAGGUGCUGCCACAAGCUGGCCACCGUCGCGGUCGACGCCUCGGAGCUUUGCUCCUUCGAGUACCGCGGCGCCGUCCCCGAGGACUCUUUCCUCACCGUGCGCGGCGGCGGCGGGUUUCCGUACCUCACGUCGUGCAAGGUUGACAUCUGCGCAGUCUGCGUCAUGGUGGAGGCCACGUCAACCUCAGAGGAGGAGCUCGUCAAGCUCAGUUCGUUCCUGCGGAAGUUCAUGUCCACGAAACAGCUCCACUUGUGCUCCAACCUCAUGGGCUCAUGCUUCGUGCGGCUGCCAGCGUUCCCGAUCCUCCGGCACCUCCAACUGCAUGGACGCCGUCGCCACCGCGAAUUGUACGACGACUACUGCUACUUCAAGCGCACCGACGCGGAUCUCCUGGACGCGCACCAUCUCCACUACAACCAAUACGAGACCCUUGACGUGCCCGUGGCAAGUGUGCUUGUGCCCGCGUGCCUGGGGAGCCGGAUUUAUUUGAAGUAUCAGUAUAUAUAUCUGCCAAUUUGUGCGAAUGUAUUAACGUUGAGGUCUUGUAACUCUGCAGAGUUCAUCUAUCCAGCAAAUUGGGUUGGAGAUCAGACAAUACUAUACAAUCAAGUGAGGAAAGCAGAACAGCAGAGAUCACUAGACCCUCCACCAUUAUCAAAUGGGAGGUUAUCUCGGCCUCAGAAUACCAGUGGACCUGUGGCAGCUUUUGGUCCUCCAGGAUCCAAUGGGGAGCUUAAUGUUAGUGUCAUUGUGUCACCUGUCCCACAAGACUUCUCGAUCGAGUCUUUUGGUGGUCCGAAAGACGUCGGGGAAGUGGUGCUCAGAAGGAUCGCAAGGACAAAGCGAAAUCCGGAUAUCAGAGCUACUCUUAUCGAUGCUUCUUUGAGAGAAGAUGCCGAGACCAAUGUCAAGUACUACAAGUUAGAGUUCUGUGUUGAAAGCCCUUCGUUUCGAAGACACAAUGUCGCCGUGUGCUGCGUGAGGGAUGGCAGGCUGUACACCCUGAAUGCCCAGGCACCGGAGUCGGCCUGGAAGGCUGUUCAGAAAGAGUUCUUUGCGAUGGCGGAUUCCUUCAGUCUAGUGAUCGAUGUUUGAUCUUGUAAAUACACAGUUUUGUAUCCCUGACAGUUGAGCCUUUUAUCCAUUAGCCUGGAA